GAUGGUCUCACGACACAUGAGGUUGCGGAUGACUCGGACGAGCCGGAUGCUCCUUCAUCGCAGCGUCGAGGCUCUUCAUCGCAGCGUCGAGGCUCUUCGUCGCAAAAACGGCGCAAGCCUCUCCGAAAUACAAUCGUGGAAUCGUCGGAUGAAGAAGGUGUGGAGGAGGCCAGAUUUGAGGUGUCGACCAAGGUCCCGCGUCAGUUGACGGAGAAACAACGGAAAAAAUUCAAGCAGGAGAUGCCUGAGAUUCGCCGACCUGUUACGACUGCCAUACUUACUGAGGGUGGGGUUGAUGGUACAUCAGACAACAUGGUCUGGAUGGCUCGCACCGAGAUCGACGUCAUACAAGGAAAGCGGAGCAUCAACAUGCAGAUGAAAGACCAGAAUGCUAUAAUGCAGCAAGUCCUGCACCGCGCGUUCGAAAUUGGCGAUAGAAUCAUCGCAUUUGGUUCUGAUGACGAGUCCGUCCUCAGCAUGGACUUCGCGGCGCUUCACGGUAUCAUCACGCCUUUCGAGAAAGACGGCAUGGAUGGUAUUGCAUUGAGAGCAAUGAUUGAGGCAGCAGAACAGCUCGGGUAUGACGGUGAUGGCGACAUAGCGCAACGCUUAGAAUUGGGGUCAACUCGCAACUACAUCAGACCCCUCGUGUCACAUCGACUAGGUCUUUUCCGUUCUGCGAUCAAGAAGGCUGUGACGCCGACAGUCGAGCACACUUUUCGACUCGGUCUUGGCGAUGAGCCUGCAGACGGCAUCCCCAGUAAGGCUGCGCUGCUCAAGGAAACGAGCUAUAUUUAUCCAUGGGAUGCGAUGGGACUCGCAUUCAAUCAAUCUGCUCCGUAUGAGAGCUCUAUUAUCAAACAAGCCAUACGGGCAUCAUUCUUUGUCUCCGCGCAGUAUGUUAAGGUCGGUUUGCUGAACGGAAAAUCGUUCGUCUCCUCGUAUACUGCCGCACCCUCUGAGAGCGAGAUACCACCGACUAUGUUGGCAUUGUGCAUGACAGCGGUUGAGUCAAUCAUAUCCGAUCAUCAGCUGAAGCUCGCAAAGGCGUCAGACUUCAAUGCCACGAACGCAGAGAUAUAUCGGGACCACCUCGUUCGUCUCGUCGGACUUCGCCGACAGAGACCAAAGCGUUACCAUCGGAUCAUGCACGAGCUAUUCACAGCUGUGACAUCUGGACAUACUCUGCAAGGCGUGUUACAAGGUACAUCGAACGGAGCAGGCGUCGACUGGAGCCAUAUACCCGAUGAGUAG